AUUUUUUUUUCCACGAGUCUUAUGUCCAUUUUGAUGAAUGUGUGAGGGUUUAUAUUCAUGUCUUUUGAUUUGUGUGUGUGGAGAGUUUAGCCACAGCUCUCACAGACCUAUUUCCUGGAGUUCUAAGGAAGCGGCGAGAGCUUUUGGUGUUAAAAAUCGCCGUCAUCUGCUUCUUAUUGGGUCUGCCAUUCAUCACAAAGGGAGGAUUCCAUCUGUUUACUGUGAUGGACACCUAUGGCCCGAGUGGAACUAACCUGCUCUUUAUCGCCUGCUUUGAGACGAUUGUUGUCGCAUGGGUUUAUGGUGCAAACCGUUUCUAUGACAACAUUGAGGAUAUGAUAGGAUACGCACCAUUCCCUGUGCUGAAGUACUGCUGGCUCUUCAUUACCCCUCUCAUCUGUGCUGCAACUCUGCUGUAUAACCUGAUGGGUAGUAAAUCUCUGUCUUCCGCUGAUCAAUUUGUGCCGGACUGGAGUUACAAGUUGGCACCUUUGCUCACACUCAUUCCUAUGGUUUGCAUCCCAGUCUUCUUGUUCAUCUCUUUAGGAACGGGUCGUGGCAUCAUCACUCCCUCUAGUGACCUGAAGCAGCUCCGACCAAACAGUCCACGCCUCACACUGUUUAAUCGCUUAAUCAUUAAACCACAGAGAUCUCGACACAUUCAGGAAGAUGGAGAAGAGAAAGCAAACAAAGAACACACCAGUAGAGUUUGAUAAGGCAGAAUAAUGAUUUUAUUUUGGGUUAUAUAUUAUAUAUAGGACUUUAUAUUAAAUAUUAAAUCAUAUCUUUGAUUUGAAUAAAAUCAAUCUAAAUAUAAAGUAUAUAUAUUAGAUUUCUUGACAACGCAUUUCAUUACAGUGUAUGAGACUGCUCAUAUGAAAUACACAUCACUCAGGAUGUUUUUUUGGGUGAACUAUCCCUUUAAGGGCACUGAGUGUUUUUGGUAUAAGUCUUCAUUCUGUUCUCAGGAGAAAUUAAACUGUUUGUAUGAGUUCAAACUGAGGGUUAGUGCAGCUGAGGAAAAAAAUAGCAACUCGAUUUUAUAUAUGAAAUUUAUAUGACAACUCUAUGAGAACUCAUAGAGUUCAUUUUAGUGUAAAUAUGAUAAUUUGUCUCAUUUACAUAAAUGUCAUCACUUGACUUUUUUUUGUAAUUUCAAAAAAUGUGUCAUUAUAUUGGUGACUGAAGCAUUCUUCAGAACCAAAGAACCACUCUUUAUAUUUUUAACUAGACUUCUCUAUAGCACUUUUCUAUCCCAUGUCUGUAAUACAAUGUAGUUUUUG